ACGUCACUACGUCAGACAAGAGAACAAAUCUACGAAUAAUUCUGGACAAAUUCGAUCGGGACACGUGUACAAGGCUGCAGUUUGCAUGGAAUUACAUCAGGAAUAUUUAUUUGUCAAACGACAAUUCCUAAAACAGCGAGUCAUUCCAGAAUAUAUCGCGUAACCUCAUUGUGUUGUGUUAUCUAGCACCGGUGUAGAUAAGCCCUAUAUUUUUUUCUUGCACGAUAAUAUUAAAAUAAUUGGCUUUAAAUAAAUAUACAAAUUAUACAAUGACGGAAUUUAGAGACUGGUAUUAUGGAAUACCCUUCUUCACUCGUUACUGGUUAUCUUUAACUGUUGGACUCAGUAUAUUAGCCAAAUUUAAUCUUCUCGACUUCAGGUAUUUAAUUUUGGAUAUUGGCGCCUUCAUCAACAGAUUCCAUUUAUGGAGACCAGCAACAGCACUAUUCUACUAUCCCAUCACCCCAUCCACUGGGUUCCACUUCCUCGUGAACUGUUACUUCCUGUACAGUUAUUCCGAGCGGCUGGAGACCGGGAUCUUCGCUGGCAAGCCGGCUGACUACUUUACCAUGCUGAUCUUUAAUUGGCUAGUCUGCAUUGGUAUUGGGGUUUUAGUUGGAUUAAGUUACGUAAUGGACCCGAUGGUGAUCUCAGUGCUGUACGUGUGGUGUCAGCUGAAUAAGGACGUGAUUGUGUCCUUCUGGUUUGGGACGCGGUUCCGCGCCAUGUUCCUGCCGUGGGUCCUGCUCGCGUUCAACGUUAUCGUCAAUGGAGGUGGCGUUGAAGAGUUCCUGGGCAUCCUGGUGGGCCACCUGGCCUUCUUCCUCAUCUUCAAGUACCCGCAGGAGUUCGGCGGACCCGCCUUACUUACACCACCUGCUAUUCUCAAGAAGUAUUUCCCUGACUUCCGUCGCCCGAACAACUUCGGUCCUGCAGCAGCAGCACAUACCAGAGCCCCCGUCCCCGCAGGACACCAGUGGGGCCACGGGCAAACCCUAGGAGGCCUCUGAAUACACUUGCUACUCUUUAGGUAUCUUAGUAUCUUAACAUAUUCACUGCCAACGUUUUCGUAGAGCGACGCUCGUAGCCGAUCCCAGCGUUUUCCCGUAGAGGAACGCGACUACGAACAGAGAACCGAGCGGGUUCCCGGCACUCAAUGUGUUAAACUGGGAGAAGAAACAUCAAUCCAAAUAAUUUCAGUGUGGCCUCAGCCCAAACGAGAGCCCCGCCAUUGAAGGAGUCCAGUGGGGCCGCGGGCAAACUAGCAGGCCUCUGAAUACAUUAUACAAUAGUUACAUAAUCAAGCUUUUCAAUCUUGUACACUUACUUAGGCCACUCAGCAACCUACUCACGUGGUUCGCUUACAUUUUUUUAAAUAUACUAAAUAUGAAAUAUGUGAUCAAGUUACAAGUCGAUAACAACUGAAGUAUGAACGCUAAGCACGAAUUUAAUCACCAGCCAUACUCUGCGUAGUGACUAUAGGUGAUACUGAACAACUUUUAUUUUAUUACCAAAUGCCAAAAUCGCGAGCAAAAAUUUGUCGGCUGAUGUGAUGCCGCUGAUUUCUAUGGGACAGCAAAUUUUUUUUUCGUGUUUUCGGCAUUAUCGCCAUACUAAAAGUAUGACCAACAAAGUCACUACGCAGAGUAUGGCUGAUGGCUGGUUAUUAAAGUUUCACCUGUAUUAACGUUAUUUUUUAGAUAGUUUUGAGUGGUUGAUGUUGUGUGUUUUGAUUAAGAUGGUCUCAUGACUCUCAUGUAUCUUGUAAGUACUGCUAACAGAACUUCGAUCUAAUUAAUAUCAGAUUUGUUGAUGUCAGAAAUAUACUAUAAUAUUAGUUAUAUCAAAAAUAUUUUUUGUACAUAAGUAUUAUAAUCUACUUUUAUGUAUGGACUUACACUAAUUAAAUUUUUAAU